UCGUUCUAUAACAAAAAAUAUUUGUUGUGAAAUGGGCCGUCGUUCUGUUUGAGCGGCGAUUCUUCAGCUAUGCACAAUGUCUUUUCAGAGUCAUGGCAACACACGAAGAGUUGAAGGACCAGCUGAUGGAACAAUAUGACUUGGAAGCAACUGUUAGGUUCAUAAGAGACAACCACUUUCAGAAAGUUUGCCUGCAGUUUCCAGAUCACCUUCUAAGCGAGGCACCCAAAGUGGUUGACGAAUUGGAAAGACAAACCAAAGCAGAUUUUUAUGUUUUAGGAGACACAGCUUAUGCACCUUGCUGUGUUGAUGUCGUUGCUGCUCAACAUGUUGCUGCCGAUGCGGUGGUUCACUAUGGGCACUCCUGUUUGAGCCCAACAAGAGAUUUGCCAGUCUAUUAUGUAUUUGAGAAGAGAAGCUUAUUUCAUUUACAAAAAUUGGUUGGUUUUGUAAAGCAGAAUCCUGCAUCCCAUUUAAUUGUUUUAUUUGAGUCGUACUACGCGCAUUUAAGGUGUAUAUUAUUCAGUUUCCUGAAGACUCACAUAAAUGAAAAGACUAUCAUUCCGGUUUAUCUGCGCAAGUCUUCACCUACAACAAGUGACUUGAACACAGUGGAAACCGACUCCAAAACUGAAACUCAUUGUAGAAAGUAUUCAAUUGGUCAUCUGGAGUUUGAAUUGGAUCUAUCUAUCCCAACAGAGCAGCUUCAGUUUGUGCGGUUAGGAAGUACUUCGUCUUCUUCUUUUUUGCGAGCCUCUCUAUCCCUGUACCCGUUUGUUUUGGAUUGCUAUGAUGACAGUACGAAUAACUGGUUUCCUGCAAACUUAAAUGCUACAACAACGUUGAAAAGAAGACUAGCUCUUAUUUCAAAGGCUCAAAAGUCUCAUGUUUUUGGAAUUGUUGUCAGUGCUAUUGCUACAAAGGGUGUAUUAGAUGCAAUAGAGCGCUGUGAAGUGUUGUUGAACCAGUUUGAAAUGGAAUGGUAUCUUUUAAAUGUUGGGAAGCCUACUCCCACGAAACUUGGUAACUUUCCGGAAAUUGAAGUAUUCGUUUUAGUUGGUUGUCCAGAAAGUGCCUUUCUAGAUUCAAAGAGUUACAUGAAGCCGAUCCUUACUAUGGCGGAGUUGGAACUAGCUUUGGAUUCUCGUCUUUAUUUCACGGAUAUUGGUUCAAUUCAUGACUUUCAAGAUACUUUGUCUAGGCCUUUUGUUGCCAGGAAGCAAAUGCCAGAUGAUGAGAAUGAAGAUAUCGAUAAGUUUUAUGAAGAAACUACUGCGAAUGCUUUAAGCGAGUUUAGUAUGAAUCGUGAUUUGAUAGCGUAUGAUAUUUCUUCUACUAGUACUGCAGCAUUUUUGAGACAUCGUUCUUGGAAAGGAGUUGAAGAAGAACCAAAUGAAGAGAAUAAGCCUCAUACCUCCAAAGAAGGUCACUGCGGUAUCCCUAGUGGAUAUAGUAAUGAGGGUUCUCGAAUAUAAUAUUGUGACCCGAUUGUACAAAAGGACGAGAAUUAUAAACUUUUUGGGAUAUUUGUAAUUUAUUUUUGCAAGUCUCUCUUCUUUACAGGGAAUCAACAACCAUCUAAUGGUUUAAAAAUUGUGAAUGAGCCUUGUUUGAUUGUAUACCUUGUAUAAGUUUGUUUAGAAAUAGUUGUCAUAUACAUAAUAAAUAUACAAGCAACUAAACAUUUUAUUUAUCAAGUUGUACAGCCACAUCAGGAUUGUUUUUA